GGCAUGUUUCGUGUUUAUUUUUUGGACUGCAUGAGAUCAAUGAGAUCUAUUUCUGUUUUUUGGAAGGGUAAUGAAAGUGCUCCUAUUAAAGUUUUGCAACCAAUAUCAAUUUUUGAAUCCAGUGCGACCAUUUACUCUGUUAGUUUUAUUAUAUCAUGCAAGAUAAAAAGAAAAAGCUACAAUUUUAUAAGAAGAAGAAACCUCUCAUCAGCGAGGAUGAUAAGAUUCAAAGGCUCACCGAAGCAUACAAUGAUAUCGAUGUCUCGAAAGUCACCCUCUUUAAGGACUUACCUUUGUCAGAAUAUACUAAAAAAGGGCUCUCAGAAAACAAGUAUUAUAAGAUGACAGAAAUUCAGCGACAAACAAUUGCUUUCAGUCUGCAAGGCUGUGAUAUCCUUGGUGCUGCAAAAACAGGCAGUGGUAAAACGCUUGCCUUUUUAAUUCCAGCCCUGGAACGCCUGUAUUGCAAAAAGUGGUCACGAGACUUAGAUAAUGUCGGUAUUUUGAUUAUCACACCAACCAGGGAGUUAGCUUAUCAGAUUUUUGAAACUCUGAGGAAAGUUGGAGUCCAUCACAAUUUUUCUGCUGGUCUGAUUAUUGGAGGAAAAGACUUAAAAUUUGAGCGGAAAAGAAUGGAUCAAUGCAGUAUCGUGAUUUGUACUCCAGGUCGUCUGUUACAGCAUAUGGAUGAAAAUCCUUUAUUUGACUGCACAAACCUUCAGAUGCUUGUUUUGGAUGAGGCUGAUAGGUGUCUAGACUUAGGAUUCCAACAGACUUUAAAUAGCAUCAUCGAAAAUUUACCACCUCAAAGGCAGACCCUCCUUUUUUCAGCAACUCAAACUACAUCCGUUAAAGAUUUGGCUCGGCUAAGUCUGAAAAAUCCCAAGUUCAUUUCCGUACACGAAAAAGAGCAGCACAGUACUCCUGAAGGCCUUCGCCAGAGUUAUGUUGUUUGUGAAUUGCACGAUAAGCUCAACAUGUUGUGGUCUUUCAUCAAGAGUCAUUUGAAAAUGAAAAUUUUGAUUUUCAUGUCCAGUUGCAAGCAGGUCAAAUACAUUUAUGAGUUAUUCUGCCGUCUUCGACCGGGUACAAGUCUUUUGGCCCUCUAUGGAUCUUUACACCAAAUGAGAAGGAUGAAAAUCUACGAUGAAUUUCAUCGGAAAGAGAGAGUCAUAUUAUUUGCCACUGACAUUGCAGCCCGUGGAUUAGAUUUUCCCGCUGUGAAUUGGGUUGUACAAAUGGAUUGUCCUGAAAAUGCAAAUGAAUACAUUCAUCGCGCAGGUCGCACUGCAAGAUUCAAUAAAAAAGGUGAAAGUUUGCUUGUGUUGUUACCCUCUGAAAAACCGUUUCUUGAACAAUUGGAACAGAAAAAAAUACCAAUCAAGGAAAUCCAGAUCAACACCAAUAAGAUGACAUCCAUCCAACGAUCAGUGGAAGCUGCUCUGGCUCGUGAUGCAAACUUGAAAGAGACCGCUCAGCGAGCUUUUGUGGCGUAUGUCAAGUCUGUUUUUUUAAUGAAAAACAAAGAAGUUUUUAAUGUUCAUGCAUUGGAUACAAAUGCUUAUGCAAGAUCUCUUGGAUUAGCUAUGCCUCCCAGGAUAAGAUUCUUGCAAAGGAUAAAGAAGGAAUCCAGCGAUCAGUCAGAGGAAGUCAAGGUCGAAUGCCUACUUGCUGAUGCAAGGGCCAAAACAGAGGUAGAAUCAGAAGAUGAUUCUAAAGCGUUUUCAAAAGCUGAUGAAUUUCAGCUGGAUUCAGAUGUAAAUAAGAGAAAAUUGAGGCAAGAUCUGACGAAAGAAGUGUACAAAUUUUAUGACAGUGGUAGUGAGAGUGAUGAAGAUUUUAUGUCUAUAAAGCGGAGAAAUCACGAGUUAGAGGAUGAAAUUGAAAAAUUAGUUCCUGAUCCACCAUCCAAUGAUCAGAGUAGCAAAAAGAAGAAGCCUAUUACCAAAGCAUCCCUUGCAAAGAAAAUUCUUCAUAAGAAAAUUAUUCCAAACAAAAAGAUUGUUUUUGAUGACGAUGGCCAAGUAAUAACAAACCCAGCUCGAGAACGUGUUACUGAAGCAGGCCUUGAGUAUGAAGCAAGUAACGAAGGUGGUCUGAAUAUUGACCAAGCUGUUGCAGUAAUGAAAGAGGAGGAUCUAGUUGAUAAGAAACUCUUCCGUGAUAAAAUUAGAGCUAAGCGUUUAAAAGAAAAGGCCAAAGCUAAAAAAGCGGAAGUUGAAGAGGUCGAUGAUUUCGGAGAAAGUGAAAGUGAUGAUGGGCCUGACUUAUCAACACUUCCUGAUCCGGAUAAACUCUAUGGUCCCAAAGGCGAUAGUGAUGAAGAUGAAAAUAGCGACUACUCCAAUGAUGAUGAUGAUUCUGACAGGAAAUAUCCUGAAAGCGGUAGCAGUGAUGAGGAAUCUAAUGACUCGGAUGAUAUUCAUAUUUCAGCGAAAGAUUUAGAAGAAUUCUAUGGAUCACAAAAGAGAAAAUUGGAAGCUGCAACUUCAAAAAAUAUGAAACGAAGGAAGAAAGUAGAUCCUAAUGUUGAGUUUGAACCAAUGGAUACAGGACUUAGUUUAACAGAAGACGAAGAACUUGCUUUGAAAUUCCUCAGAAGCAAAAGAUGACACCCAUGAAUGCCAAAUUUCUGAUUUGUACAAAGAUAGUAAAUAUUAUUGAAAAAGAAGAUACAUAUGUUCUGUUACUUUUGAAAUGGAAUAAAUUCAAGUAUUUUUCUUACAUCUAGCAGUUUAUCCUCCAACAGAAGUCAGUAUAUUAGAACAUAACUACAUAUAGGCUGUUUGCGUUGCUAGUCGAAAAACCAGGCACCAUUGAUUUGUGCAUUCAUGACCCCGAAGUUUGAAUUCAAGAAAAAGCUUACUUGAAUGUUUUCUUCAGAAUUCCUGAUUCCAUUUAAGUCGAGUCUUGCGCUUUCAAACAAUCGACAGUGCAAGCUCCUGUUUCAAGACAAAAUCUGAUCUUGGUACACAGCUCGUCCGAGAAGAAAGUAGACUGAUACUGCCAUUUCAAAGCUAUUAAAGCUGGAUACAUUACUGUCAUCAUAACAUGAUGGCUCAUCUUAAACAUAAGAUCUUGAGGUUCCAAUUUAAAACAAGAUUUGCUUAUUUCCACAAUUGAUGCAGAUAGACAAUUUUAGGGAAGGGUGAUAUAUAUGCUGGCAUUCGCAAGUCUUUUAAAAGAAUGUAAUUUUAAAAACCUAGUCCACAAGUUUGAUUUUUCAUUUUCACAACUCUCUACAUCCAUUUGAAGCCAGGUUGUUUUUCAAAUAUUUAACAUUGUACUUGAUGCACUCUCUCAUUCAACAAUGCCAAUUUUAGAACGCAGUUUUAUGGAAUUGCUCCCCUGAGAUCUCAAAAUAAAUUUCUUGACAGUCAA